AUGUUCGGCAGGUUAAAGAAGAUGAUUGGGGCUCCUGAGCCUCCCCCCAGCCCAGCUCCUACUCCACCUUCCUCCCCUGUUCCACCCGCUAAGGAAGAAAAGCCCCCCGGAAAGGAUGAAAAAGAACAGCCAAAAAAAGAGGAAGCGAAGAAAGAGGAAAAAGAAGAAAAGAAAGAGGAGGAAAAGAAAGACGAAGAGCCCAAGAAGGAAGAGACAAAACCAGUGUUCUGCUAUAUUUGUCUUCCAGCUGCAGAUCCAGCCCCAGAUGCUCCUGCUGCUGCUGCUGCUGCCAAUCCAGAGGGGGCUGAUGGUGAAGAAGAUUCUACUCCAUCUGAGGUGUACUCCCGUUACACAGAUGACAAACUCAAAGAUCUGGCCACAAGGUUAAAAGAGAGGACGCAGGAGCUCAAAGAGAAAGCCAUUGACCCUUAUGCCACGUCCCCAGAAAUCACCCCACCCGUUACACCUAUUCUGAGGAAGGAGGACUACAUCAGGAAAAAGGAAGAGGAGAGGAUAGCAAAAGAGGAAGCGGAUAAGAAGAAGGCUGAAGAAGCAGCCAUAAAGGCAGAGGAGAAGAAGAAAAAAGAUGAGGAGAAAAAGCUGGCGGCCGAGAAGAUAGCAAUAGAGGAGCAGAUCUUAGCAGAGGUGAGCAAGAAAGCGAGAAUGUUUCCAGUCAUCAGCUUGGCCUCCUUCUUUGAUCGUCUCUUCCGGCCCCUCGAGGACAUGAUGGAUAAUGUCGUGGGAAACACCAUAGAUCCUUUAGAUCGUCGAUACAUCGCCUGGUUGGCUUUAGUAUCAGUGGCAUUCAACUACAACAUUUGGUUUUGCACUGUCCGGUUGGUUUUCCCUUACCAUAAUCCAACUGCCAACUACUACUGGAUAUUCUUUGACAUUCUUAGUGACUUAGUGUAUAUCAUUGACAUCAUAAUUUGGCAGCCCAGGCUCCAAUUCGUCAAGGGCGGAGACAUUAUCAAAGACAGAGCUAUGACAAAGGUUUUUUAUCGGAAAACACCACGAUUUAAGACCGAUCUAAUCAGCAUCAUUCCCUUUGACCUUCUCUGCCUGCGCUUUGGAUUCUCCUCCAUCUACCGACUCAACCGCUUCAUCAGGGUUGAUGCCUUCUUUGAGUUCAGUGAUCGACUUGAGAAUAUCAUGGCCAAGGCCUACAUCUGGAGAGUGGCUCGCACCACAGGUUACCUGCUCUAUGUACUCCAUCUCAACGCCUGUGCAUAUUUUACUGCCUCAGCAUAUGAGGGUUUGGGAUCCACUACAUGGACGUAUGACGGAAAGGGCACAGCGUACCUGCGUUGUUACUACUAUGCUGUUCGCACUCUGAUCAACAUCGGUGGUGUUCCAGAGCCUGUAACCACUUUCGAAAUCACCUUUCAGAUGUUGAACUUUUUCAUUGGCGUCUUUGUGUUCUCCAGUUUGAUAGGACAGAUGAGAGACGUCAUAGGAGCAGCAACAGCAGGUGAGACAUAUUUUCGAGGAUCAAUGGACGGUUGUGUUGCCUACAUGAACACCAAUAAUAUUCCCAAGCAAAUCCAGAACAGAAUCCGCACCUGGUUCAACUACACCUGGGCCGCUCAGGGCAUGCUGGACGAGUCCGAACUGCUGGAUAAGAUGCCUCUGGUGAUGAGAACCGCCAUCGCUGUUGACAUCAACCUGGCAACAUUCCAGAAGAUCGCACUAUUUCAGGGCUGUGACCAGCAGAUGUUGGUGGACAUGUUGCUGAGGCUCAAGUCAAUCGUCUAUCUACCAGGAGACUUUGUCGUGAGCAAGGGUGACAUCGGUAAAGAGAUGUACAUCAUCAAAAGUGGAGCGGUGCAGGUGGUGGGAGGACCUGACAACAGUAUCGUGUUUGUCACACUGAAGGCUGGCUGUGUGUUUGGUGAAAUCAGUUUACUACAAUCUGCCAAAGAUGGAGGAAACAGGCGCACUGCAAACGUGAAAGCACACGGCUUUGCUAACCUUUUUGUCCUGGAGAAGAAGGACUUGUUUGAUAUCCUCAUCCACUACCCGGAGUCUCAGAAAGUCCUGGCCAGGAAGGGAAAGAAACUGACCAAAGCCAAAGGCCCUCCAGGGGCUAAAGCUGAGGAAAAGCCGAAAGGUCUGACGCUGUUUCAACAAAAACCACCAACACCCAAGUUACUCAGAGUGUUUGGCGUGCGGAGACAUAGCAUCCUGGACAAGCUCAAGGUAAAGUCUUAAAACGGAUUCUUCUUCAUGCAGAGGUUUGAUCUUUGACAGAAAGCCUUGUACUAAAAUAGAAAACGUGACCACUGGAUAGUUAUUGUGCAUUUUCAUGAGCGUUGGUAACUUUUUGUGAUGAGAGAACUCGUGGCAGAUUUCCAUCAGACACACUGUGCUGCUUUUACUAAAUGGUGACAUCAGAGUAAACAUGUCUUUUUCUGUCUUCUGUCCACAGAAAGCUGGCGUCGAGAAAUGAGACUGAACUGUGCUGUGAAACGGUUGAGCUGUUGCAAUUUUUUGUUCAUUUUGAGUUCUAAAUGUUGGAGAACCAAAAUCGAAACUGGGAAUCUGUUAUAUUAUUAUAACAAUUCUAAUAUAUUCACCUUUUGUAUAAAUAUAUUCAACUGUUGUAGUUUAUUCAACCUGAUCAGUAAGUAAAUAUGAAAACUUUUGAAUAUCAUGUGAUUUUUAUUUAUUUUAUUAUUUUAUUGCUAAGAUGUUUCCUACAAAACAUGUCCUCUGUUUUAUAACUGAAAUGAGAUGAGCGCUUUGGUUUGGACUUCAUUUGUUUUUAAAUGGGAGGAACUGGAUAGUAUGAACCAAGAGAGGUCUGAUGGCUCAAGAGGUAAAGAGCGCCACCUACUGUUUGAUAUUAGAACUUCCUGGCUCAUACUGUACUGCUGACAAAGACUUAUUACAGAACGAUAAAGCCAAAAUAAUUCCUCAAUAAUGUCGCACCUGCCACCCUAGUUUUAUGGGGGGGUUUUCACUGUAAAAAACUUGUCAGCUUUGUAAUCUAAACUGUCCAUGCAGAAAUAAAGUACAAACUUUGUACAGACAUAUUUUAAGUCUGUAGCAGGGUGAUGUUUCAUACUCAUACUAAGAGAGAAUAAAUUUAAAAUUGACUUUUUAUCUGUUAGUGGACACUUUUUUCUUCUCCUCUGUUCCAUUUUUGUGAAACAUUUUUACCAAAAACACUGUGUACUAUGAGAUCAUAGGUAAAGUAAAAGUGUUCUGUGGCUGGUUGAUCUCACAGUUCUGAACCGUUUCCACUCAGCAGAACUGGAUCAGUCUGUAUAAUGAAAAGCUUGAACGUAUCUCUUGAAAACAGAAGAAGAAACAAUGGAACGAUGACUCUUAGAGAUCAGUGUUAUUUGGUAAUGAGAACACAUGAGCAGCCUUCGCAGAAUAAAAUGCACAUAAAGCUUUAGAAACAUGGUCACUAAUUAAAAAGCAGUGUAACAUGAUACAUAAGAGAAAAAAAA